AUGUACACUUGUGCUCUUAAUACAACAGCCAUCGUUUCGUGUCAGCGUUCGGCUCGUGUUUACGAAUGUCCGUCAUACUAUUGCACCUGGUUGCGUUUUGUUCACGGAGGUUACGACUACUCAAGUGAAUGUUACGUGUGGACAAAGCGCAGUCAAAACGUGCCGAAGAGCAGUGGUCUCUGGUAUAAACUUAUUUUCCCAGAUGGUCAACGUGGUUUUGUGAAUGGCAUUCAUUGCACUGGCCCCGCUCGUCGUUGUCAGUAA